GUGGGUUAGGAGUGCAGAGGGCACUCACAUGGCAAACUUCCUCACUUGUUUGGUUGCAGAGCCCAAUGCCAGCAUGGAUUUAGGAAAUCCAGAAUUUAGAGCUAAUAUCCUAGACUCUAUUCUCACCAUUUUCCAGACAAGGAGAUGGAAGCACAGAAAGUUCAAAUUCAAGUUACCUGCCUAGGUAGAUAUUUCCUGUUGGAUGGCUCACAGUACUCACACUUGGCAACAGGGCUCCCUGUUUUUUUUCUCUUGAGUUUUUAUUUUGUUUUUUUUUAAUCUUGGAGUGUGACACUUCUACCACCACUCCAGACUCCCAGCUGGCUCACCUUGGGUUCCCUCUCUCUCUCAAUGUCAGUGCUCCCUAGUCACCACUGACUACCUCUCCUAAUCACAUGUCCAUCUUCAUUGUUAUUUUCUCCCCAUUUUGAACUUAUUUCAGCCAGAUCUAAAUGUGUCUCAUCCUUCCCAGAGCAGCCAGUGACCUCUUCAACAGCUGUCUGAUCAUGCACCCUGCUGUCCAGAAUCCCCAGGUGUCUCCACUUUAACUGGAGGCAAGGUCCGUUUUCAUCUGGUCCCUGCCUGUCUGUCUGCCUCAGCAUCCACUACCUGCUAUGCACUGGUACAUUCUUGUGACACUGAACUGCCAUUCUCCGUCAUUCCUUCUUCACACCAUCAUAUGUGCUGCUUCUUUUGUCCAGAAUCCCCUCUUUUGCCCACCCUCAGCCUUUCUCAUGUUCAAGUCUCAGCUCAAAAGCUCCAUCCUCUCAAAACGCUGCUAUCUUUCUCCUGCAUGGUGCCCAUGCUUCCUCUUGGACAUUGGGACAUUGUCAUCUGACUUGCAGAUGAGGUGUCAGUCUUCUGGGAGUUUUGUGAACUCAUGGACGGAAGGGCAGCUUUACACUUUUCCUCUACAUUUUAAGUCCUAGGGCAAAGCUGGUGAAUGGUCAACACGUAUGUGUUGAAAGGAAUGUAUGAUUUAAAGAGAUAUUUACCUAUGUGGGAGCGCAUGCUCAAGGGAAGGCCAUCAACUCUGACAGGCGGCUUGUGAGCAGACAGGGCUCUGACCUUCCUCAGGUUUGAAGAAGUGGAGUUGUACAUACCCUGCACCUCAGUCAGGACACCAUGCUUAAAAUAGAAAUCCAGAAGUCUUGACAGCUGAGCCUGGUGAGGACAAGUAGGGACUGAAGAGGCUGAUUCUGCUGACCUGGGAUUUCAAACCUGGUGUUUUUGUAGGGGCAGGGAGGCUCAGGCAGUUUCUUUCACUUUCACAAGAGAUAGCACAGCAGCUUCUGUUUCCCCCUCUGUUCCUGGAAAGAAGCCUCUUCUCAAAAGAGUGAUCAAGCUGGACUUGGGAGAGAGAGAUCUCUGCCCCCACCCCUCCCAGGCUGGUCUCCUUAAGCUGGCCUACAGCUGUGCUGCGAUUCAUCUUUUGAAAGAUAAAUAAGUAUCUUCAAAGCUCAUUUAAGAAAACCCACUGCUAGUCCAGUAGUUUGCUGGGAUGAAGCGUUUAAAGAGAAAAAAAGCUGGAACUUAUAUAAGGCCUGAACAGGAAUUUUUCUAAGGAAGGAGAAGGGGGAAGGGGGGGAGCUGAGCUCCACCCAGAGGCCACUGAGCUUUUUAAAGGGAAACGAGGUUAGAGAAGGGGAACAAGUGGGAGCUCAAGCAAAAAAUUACAAAGAGGUGGCCAAUAUAAAUCCAUGGCCAGCUGCAUCUGCUAGCCGGCAGCCAGGGAAGUUGAGAUUCUGUCCUUGCUCACAGACUGGGAGACAGAGGCCCUGCUGUCCCUGAUGCUUCCAUCUUACAGGCUUUUCAUCCUCCAGCCUCCUCAGUAGCAGACUCACUACAUCUCAAAGCCACAAAGGAAGAAUUCAAAAUUGCAGUCCUUUUUAGUAAAUGCUCUGAGAAAGGGAGGGCAGGCCCCACAGUCGGCAGGACAAACAAUGAGCUCUCCCCACAGCCGUGGGCUUUCUCGGGCAGACCUUCUCUUUGCGUGCGCACUUGACCUAGGGUCGGCUUCUGGAAGCCACGUUAACUGCUUGUCUGUACGUGCAGAGAUUUAGACGAGCGAUAACCUUCUGCAAAUCUCACAGCGGCAUACCAGAAAAAGUUCCCAAACGUUUUUAAGCCUUCCGUGCGUCAACCCAGCCUCGUGUUUUGCUGUGUCCUCCUGGGGUAAUAAAAUGUGGCCAGCGGAAGGGUCACGUUGCGUGGGUGACUAUCGCGUUGCAGGGGACAAAGAAGGACACGUAAAGUGAAAGCGUUCACCCGCUUAGCCCACGUGCUUUGGACGUAUUGCCUUCCGCAGGCGCCCAGGGUGCCCGGCUACCUUCUGCCCCUCCUGCCCCGGCGACAGCGCGGUUUCAGCGCGGGGUCUGGGAACUCCUUCCCUCCCCUGGUAACACGCACUUCUUCUGCAAAACAGAUCACCACGUAGGCGGCCAGGCUGAAAGAACCAAUGGUGGCGCCAACUUCGGCUCCUCCCACCCACUCGGAGCCUUAAGCCCCUCCUCGCACCCCCUCCCCGCCAUCUGCAGUCCCCAAGGCCAUCUCUCGCAGUGCUGGGACAUGGGCGCCGCCAGCUCGUCGGUGGUGGCCCGCCUCGGCCUCCCCGUGCCGCGGUUCCUCGCGCAGCCCCGGCCCGCGUGGCUCGGGGUCGCUGCGCUGGGCCUGGCCGCGGUGGCUCUGGGGACUGUCGCCUGGCGCCAUGCGCGACCCAGGCGGCGUCGGCGGCUGCAGCAGGUGGGCACCGUGGCGCAGCUCUGGAUCUACCCGGUCAAGUCCUGCAAGGGGGUGCAGGUGAACGCGGCGGAGUGCACGGCCAUGGGGCUGCGCAGCGGCCACCUGCGGGACAGGUUUUGGCUGGUGAUUAAGGAGGAUGGACACAUGGUCACUGCUCGGCAGGAGCCUCGUCUGGUGCUGGUCUCCAUCACCUAUGAGAACGACUGCUUGACCUUUAGUGCUCCGGACGUGGGCCAGCUGAUUUUGCCGACCAAGCUGCCUUCCUCAAACAGGCUCCGUGAUUGCAGGUGUCUGCCUGGGGACAUGGGGGAAACUACAACAGACCUAAUUUUCCUUGAGGCUCUUCCCUUCAGGUGCUAUAAUUUGCACAGCAGAUGAUGAAAUUGGUAAAGAAAAUAUUUAAGGGGAGCAUAGUGUGGCUUGGGAUCCGAUGGGGCUCUGGUGUGAGUGGGUGUUGCAAAAUAUUGCUUUAAGGGUACCCAAGACUAGUUUUAAUCAGGUAUGGUAAGAUUGCGCAUAUGGAAAUGACUGUUGUGAAGAAAGAAAUCACUCAUACGAAAGGACCCCAGGAACAGAAGGCACACAGGGAAGCACCAGGGUUGGUCAGGAGGUGGAGGGAGCAAGGGGAAAAACGUAGUCAAGAGCUUUUGUUGUGAUUUCUACAGGAAAGGAAAAAAACAAGGCAGGGUAGGCAGGUUUAGAAUUGGCCUUGGGACACAGAGGUUGUCUCCUGUAGUCUUGGUACAUGCCCCUGGGGCAAUUGAGGCAGGGCAGUAGUGGCCAUAGUAGGUGAGGACUCAGUAAAGGAGGUGGUCAGUGGGCUCUGGACGGGUUGGUGUCCAUAUCAAAGCCUUGCUGGCAGGUGAUUAGACUGCUUUCUCCAGGAAUUGGCUGCCUGGGGAGGGGUCGUUCCUUCUCCUUGACCCUAAGAUUUCAAAGCAUCAAAAACAGAGAAAAUAAAUGGCAUGACUGAUAGAAGUAUAAAGGGAUUUCAGGUGCCUUUGUUUAGGGCUUGUCUUGGUUCAUUCAAGUUGGAGGGCCCUUUUUAUUUAUUUGUCAACCUUCCAGCCAGGUGGACAGGGAGCUAUGGGGAUUUGACCAGCUCAUCUCAGGGGUGGAUGAGGAGGAUGCUGGAGCUCUCCAAGGUGACACAGCCUCUGAGGUGUGGGAUUGAGACUAAGCUACUUCAGCAGACAGGAGUCUGGUGGCAGGAUUUCUACCUCAGGUCAGAGAGAGGACUUUAGCUUCUGUUCAGACGAGGGGAAUUCUGCUGGGCUGCCAAUUUCCGUGGCUUGCUGAGGUCUUGUCCUGUUUUUGUUGUUGUUGUUUGUUCGGUUUUUGUGUUUUAUUUUUUGUUUAUUUUUGUAAAACAAAAUAAACAUCAGCAUGAUAGAAGGUCUUGCCCUUUGAUGUUAGGGAGUCCUAGAGAUGUAGAUGUUCGUGGGUUGUUGUAGUUCCCUUGGUCACCAUCUGACCUGUUUUUUUAUUAUUAUGUUUUAUUAUUAUUUAUUAUUAUUAUUUUUUAUUAUUAUGUUUUUUGGUUUAUUCAUA